UUCGACAUUCCCACGCCACCGUUCCUGAUCAGUAAGGCCGUUUGAGGCUGCUGCAUCCAAUAGCAUAACUCGCCUCUUCCUCCUCUCCUUCACUCAAAGACCUUCGCUCUUCAAUCACGCAUCAUGACGGAAACCUCAACCUCCACAGCCCAGUCUGAGCCGGCGCGCCUGGUCGUCAUCUCCAACCGACUGCCUGUUACCAUCAAGGCUACAGGGGACCAGAAAUGGGACUUCAGUAUGAGCUCGGGAGGGCUCGUGUCUGCGCUGUCGGGGCUCGCAAAGGAAAUGAAGUUUACUUGGAUCGGUUGGCCUGGGUUGGACGUUCCAAAGGACCAACAAGCAGCGAUGAAGUCUCAGUUAUCUGAGCAGCACUCCUGCGCCCCAGUGUUUAUCAGCGACGAGGUGGCUGACAUGCACUACAAUGGGUUUUCGAACAGCAUCCUAUGGCCUCUCUUUCACUACCAUCCCGGAGAAAUCAACUUCAACGAGGAGCACUGGAACGCCUACCAGCAAGUGAAUCGAGCGUUCGCGGACGCCGUAGCAGAGCAAACGAAAGAAGGAGAUAUCAUUUGGGUACAGGAUUACCAUUUGAUGCUCCUGCCAACAAUGUUGCGGGACAUACUGUCGGAGAGGAACAUCAAGAAUGUCAAGAUCGGUUUCUUCUUGCACACACCUUUCCCAUCUAGCGAGAUCUACAGGAUUCUUCCCGUGAGGAAACAAGUGCUUCUUGGUGUACUAAACUGCGAUCUGAUUGGAUUCCACACAUACGAUUACGCGCGACACUUUUUGAGCUCGUGUACCCGAAUUUUGGGACUUCACACGAUGCCGAAUGGAGUGGAGUUUGAGGGACGGAUUGUGCACGUGGGCACAUUCCCCAUCGGAAUUGACACGGAGAAGUUUGCAGAGGGUUUGAAAACGGAAAAGAUCGUAAAGCGUAUCGCUCAACUGCGUGAGAAGUUCAAGGGAGUCAAGCUGAUCGUGGGUGUGGAUCGUCUGGACUACAUCAAAGGUGUUCCACAAAAGCUGCAUGCGCUAGAGAUGUUCCUAUCUCAGCACCCCGAAUUUGUCGAGAAGGUCGUACUCGUACAAGUGGCCGUACCAUCUCGCCAAGACGUCGAAGAGUACCAGAACCUGCAGCGAGUCGUCAACGAGCUCGUCGGACGCAUCAACGGGAUAUAUGGAACGGUCGACUACGCCCCCAUCCACUUCAUGCAUCGCUCUGUGCCGUUCGAUGAGCUCGUGUCGCUGUACGCGGUUGCGGAUGCGUGUCUUGUUUCGUCUACGCGUGAUGGGAUGAAUUUGGUCUCGUAUGAGUAUAUUGUGUCCCAGCAGGAGCGUCAUGGCGUGCUCAUUUUGAGUGAGUUUGCGGGUGCGGCGCAGUCGCUGAACGGUUCUAUCAUUGUGAAUCCUUGGAGCACGGAAGAACUCUCCCAAGCUAUCCACGACGCUGUGACGAUGCCCGACGACCUCAGGAAAGCGAAUCACCAAAAGUUGUACAGAUAUGUGACAAAGUACACCGCUGCAUAUUGGGGAUUGACUUUUGUGAAAGAACUACAACGUGUGACGCUACUGAAUGCGCCGCAAAACCUCCCGAAGCUGCCGUAUGACAUGGUAGUGACGAAGUUCAAGAAGUCCAACAAGAAGAAGAUCAUCUUCUUAGACUAUGAUGGGACUCUGACAACAACUCACAAGCUACCCGAGUUUGCAAAACCCUCAUCGGCAGUCCUUGACUCUCUGAAACGGUUAUGUUCCAUGCCCGAUGUAUACGUGUACAUCCUAUCAGGACGAUCAAGAAUGCACUUGGACCUAUGGUUCGCAGAGACCGGCGUAGGUCUCUCCGCCGAGCACGGCUGCUUCUACCGCCACCCCCAAAAGCUCGGCGAGAACUUCGCCGACCCCGACGGCGAAAACGGCACAGACGGCGACACAAACGAUUCAGUAGACGGCGCCGAAAUCUUCCGACGGAGGACGAACAAUGGGUGGUUGGCCCUCGUUGACCAGAUCGACUCGUCAUGGCGGGACACGAUCCGGCCACUUUUUCAACACUACACUGAGCGGACUCCUGGAAGUUUUAUUGAGGAGAAGGAGAUCAAUCUGACGUGGCAUUACAGGAACGCUGACCCGGAGUUUGGGGGGUGGCAGUCGGCGGAGCUGCAGGUCAACCUUGAGAAGAUUUUGAGUCAUAUGCCGGUUUCGGUGAGUAACCUUCGCGACAUGACGCCCGUACACGCACUUACACCUCCGUCCCCGCCCAGAUCAUCCUCGGCAACAAAACCCUCGAACUCCGUCCCUCAAUGGUCGACAAAGCCACCGCAGCUCGCGCCAUCUUCCGCGACCUGGGCGGCGAGCGCGACUGCGACUACUGCCUCUGCGUCGGCGACGGCAAGACCGACGAGGUCGUCUUCCAGCUGCUGCAGCACGAUUUCGAAAGUCAUCAGGAUCACCUCGUCACGGCGACCGUGGGGAAGAAACAGACCGAGGCGGCGUACUAUGUCGAGACCGUGAAGGAGGUGGAGAGGUUGAUUAGCCAGCUUGCGAACUGUCGAUGAGAUCAUGAUGCCAUCCGGGUGGGAAAUAGACCUGUAUUUGAUUUCCCCAUUUCUACCAUAUCAUUUUGUAAUUUUUGUAUUAUUGCACAUUGAAUAGAUCUUGAAAAUUUGACCUUACACUUCUGUGAGGA